AUGCAAAAAAAAACGCCAUUAGAUAGACACUUAAUUUUGGAGAUGUUUUACCAACCAGAUUAAGAUUUCGCAUAAUUUCUUCUAAAAAACCAUUAGUUCUCAUUCUAGUAAUUGCCUACUUUUGAGGAAAUUAAUUCUAUACUAAAUAAUGUAGAAAAAGCUUACAACAGUAAAAGAGGAAUGUGGACUCCCUGUUAAGAUGAAUUCUUAAAUUUAUUGGUAUUAGGUACUUGUUUGAAAACCAAAGAAAUUCCUGUUGAUUUAGUAUAAAAUUUAGAAUAAUUCUUUUUAGACUUCUUAUUAAUGGGAAUAAAUAUCAAGAAUGUUUAGAUAUCAUAAUUGGAAAGGUUGUAGAAAUAGAUGGUUGGAAGAAUGUCAUUAGAAGGUAGGUUGGACUCCAGCUGAAGAUUAAGUUUUAAUAUAACUAUAGUAAUUACAUCCAAAUAAAUGGUGUGAGAUUGCAAUUGAAAUGAUGAAAAUUUGUAAGACUCCCUAUAUUCGAUAAGGAAAAUAAUGUAGGGAUAGAUGGGUGAAUAAAUUGGAUCCAAAUAUAGUGAAGUAAUUAGAAUAUAUAUUUGUAGUCUACCUUGGACAAAGGAAGAAGAAUUGAAACUAUUUAGAGAGAUAGAAAAUAGAGGGAAGAGAUGGGCUGAGAUCUCAUUGAAAGUUUUUAAGUUAAGGAGAACAGAAAAUACAAUAAAAAAUAGAUAUUACAAUUUAUUAAAAUAGGAAGAAAAUAAAAUUAAAUUAGGCAAAAUAACAAAAGAUGAAAAGAAUGAAAUAUUAGUCAAAUCUAUCAUUUAAUAACUUGAAUAAUAAGUCAACUGUAAAUUUCAUAUAAAAAAUGAAGAAACAUAAGAUUAAUAAAAUUAAGAGUAUCAAAUAGAGAUUUUUGAUAUCAAUAAAUUAAAAGAACCCUUUAAAUUAGUUUGUUUAGUAAAAAGAAAGAUUGUAAAAUUAAAUGAAUUAUGA